AUGAGUGUCUUUAACCAGAAGGAAAAAUAUUGGCAUGGACCCGAAAUUGCUAAAAAUCCAAUUUUCAAUCCAAAUAACGGAGUUGCUGACAUUCUGUUCGACGCUUUGAGCAGUCAUCCCGAUCAAAUUGCACAAAUUAACGCGGAUAACGACAAUCGCAUUGCGUUUCACGAGAUCCUCGAAAAAAGUAUCAAUGUCGCGGAGAAUUUAAAAAGUGCCGGGUAUCGUCAAGGCGAUGUUUUUUCAAUUAUAAGUCGAAAUAACGAAGAUUCAGCGCCAGUUGUGUUUGGAACAAUUUUUCUCGGAGCUGUUUUGAAUACUUUAGAUGUCAGUUUGGAUGAAAGCGAUUUAUGUCACAUUUUCGACAAUUUAAGGCCAAAACUGAUAUUUGUCGACUUAAUUUGCCUGAUGAAGGUCAAAGCAGUUCUCACAGAGCUCAAAAUUACCUCAAAAAUCAUCAUUUUCGACGAAAGUCAAUCGCAAAUCCCGAAUGUUCGUUCACUUUUUCACCAACCAGACAUUUCCUCGUCGCCAAUUUUCAAAAUUGAACCGAUUUUGAAUCCUCAGACCCGAAUCGCCUUCAUUUUGUGCACUUCCGGCAUCACGGGACCAAAUAAAUUCGUUUGUUUAAGUCAUGCCCAGAUCAUUUCCGAAGUUCUUCGUUUAUGGAAUUGGUCCGUUACGGCAUCAGAUGUCACUUUUUCCUUCAGUUCGUUGUUUUGGGUGUCAGGAUUGGCGAAUUUGCUCAUCGCGACGGUCAAAGGAGCUUCUCGGAUCAUAACUCAAAGAAAUUAUUCCUCGGAUUUGCUUUUUGAACUCAUGGAAAAGUACAAAUUGACCCAAAUUUGUCUCGCGAACGCUUGCAUCGCGGAUUUUAUUUCAAACAAAAAAAUCGAAAAUGUCGACUUUGGGAGUUUAAAGCACGUAAUUAUCGGCGGAAGUAUCGUUUGUGACGAAAUCAAGGCGGAAUUUCGGAAAAAAUUGGAAAAAUUCAAGACAAAAGUUGUUGAAGUCUACGGAUUUAUUGAAAUUGGUAGUUUAGUGACGUCAACGAGGCACGGAAGCAAAAAAGGCUCUUGCGGAAUUGUAGCAACGCAAAAUUUGGUCAAAAUUAUCAAUGAAAAGGGGAAAAAUUUGGGUCCAGGGGAAGUUGGAGAGAUUUGUGCGAAAAAUACUUGUCGAUUUUUGGGAUAUUUCAACGAUGAGGACUUGACGAAGCAAGCUGUUGACUCGAAUGGAUGGAUAAAAUCCGGAGAUUUGGGAUUUUUUGACGAAGAUGGAUUUUUGUUCAUCAAAGGGAAGAUCAAGGAGUUGAUAAAAUUGAAAGGAAUUACGAUUUCUCCCGAAACAAUCGAAUCCACGAUCCAACAAAACCUCAAAAUAGCUCAGGUUUGUGCAGUUCGCAUCAACGAACCUCGUCAACCCGAAGACAUGCCAGCUCUCGUCAUCAAACUGCCCGAAAAUUAUCCCUUAACAAAGGAAGAAGUCGUUGAAAAAGUUCAUGAAUUGCUUCCCGAUGAACUUUCGUUAAAAGGCGGCGUUUAUUUUGUCGAAACUUUUCCAAUGACGCCAUCGGGAAAAGUCAAACGAGGCGCAUUAAAAGAGCUUGCGGAGAAUUCGUAUCGAGAACAAUUGAAGAAAGUCGAAAAAGAACGGAGGAAACAAGAACCAGCUCCGAUGUACUUUUUGUCAUAA